AUGGCGUGUGUACCGCCUCCUUACUACCCAAUUGCAAUGCCUGUCCCAGCUCAAGGACCUGGCCUGAUUGGCAAGACUGUCUAUCAUUACAUGACCCGUGAUGGAGGGCCACCGAACAAGGGCGCACCUCCAAGCGGACCACCAUCAUCUGCUGCUCCUCCGCCGUAUUCUUUGAUGCCCCCAUGUCAAGGAGCGUUUUGUCCUCCUCCUCCGAGUCAACCUGGUCCAUUCAUCAUUCCGCCAGGAAAUGGAUUCCCUGGAGCGGUGUGCGUGCCUAAUGGGCCACCAGCGCCUCCUCCCUCUGCGCCGACAUGGUAUUCAGCACCACCACCACCGCCACCGCCUCCUCCGCCAGCGUCAGGAUUCCCUCCUGCUCCUCCACCUCCUCCACCUCCACCACCAAGUGUCGCAGGAGCAGUCGCCCAUGCCGCGUCUCAAGCGCCAGAACCACCAGUCAGUGGAAACCGAGUCAAAGACCGACUUCUCGUAGUCAAAGACAGUGGAGGCCAUGGGCACGUCGCGUCCAAACACGUGGCGACAUUCCAUCUUUUUACCUACAACGUCAUUGACAAGUAUACGGUGAAUGCCCACAACCAAUUCUACAUUCCACCGCAUGCGUGCGAGCCGUUUCGUGUAAUGACGGCAGCCUAUUCCAUGCCACUGGAGGAACUGAUUGAACAGCUUGAUUGCAUCAAGAUUGCAGGGUCAGCGUAUCCACGCUAUGCGAUCGGACUUGCAGAGGCGUUUGAUAUUGGGAAUGGAUGGUUUCAAGUCGGCAGCAAGUUCCAUCUGGACGAAGAGAAGUCGAAGCAGACCAUCAAGGAGGCCUGGAGCAACAACAUUGGCGAGGGGGGCGAAUCACGGCCCAAGUAUCUCAUCCGGCUGCCGGGCAAGCGACCUGGGAUGUGA